CAGAGGGUUUCUCUGUCUCUCUGGCCUCUGCUCGUUCUUCUUCUUCUUCUUCCUUCUUCCACAAUUCAUUACCUUUCUUCUUCAAUUCCAGUCUCCCUCUCUCUUCUCACUCGCCGGAAAGUUCUAAUUGCGGCGCCGUCCAUUAGAGGAGACGAAUCUGCAGUGUAACCAGACGAUGGCGCCAAGCAUUCCGCAACAAAACGAAGUCUUUAUGCUCAGUUACGCUUCUGGACAGUGUAGCAUUGUUACUUAGUUAUUUACUCCGAUGAAGUUGACGUGCUUGAGCAGCGGUAGCGGCUACCAGUUCCCUCCGUGUCACAUUCUUGAAGAUGUGUGUGGGUUUAGGAUAUUGCUGGACUGCCCACUAGACCUUUCUGCACUCUCGGUCUUUUCCCCAGUUCCUCCUGAUAACGGCUUUGUAUCUGAUGGAGAAAGCUCGCACAUUUCAGCCCGUGAUUGUUACGACAAGGAACAGGAGAUUCGGAAGAGGCUUGGAACACCACUUCAUGGGGAAGACUUGAUCCACGAUGAACUUUGGUACAAAACUGUGAAGAAUUUGCACCUCUGGGACCCUUCUUCUAUUGAUGUUGUGCUGAUAUCAAGUGUCAUGGGGAUGCUUGGAUUGCCGUUUCUUACUCGUGCUGAAGGUUUCUCUGCAAAGAUUUAUGUGACUGAUGCAGCAGCGAGGCUGGCACGGCUUAUGAUGGAGGAUCUUAUCUCGAUGAAUAUGGAAUUUCAGUACUUUUAUGGUCCCAGGGAGUCUGGUGCUCCUCAUUGGAUGAGGAGGGAAGAACUUGAGUUGCUCAGGCCUGAAGUUAAGGAGGUAGUGGUUGGCAAGGAUGGGAGUGAGCUGGGUGGGUGGAUGCCGCUUUACAGAUAGUAAGAGCUCUAUUUUGUUGCUCCGUUCAUUGAUGUGGCUAAUUGAGGUCUUAUAUCUUUCUCACAUUUUGGACAAAGGUAACAGGAUAGGGAAGCUUUUUUCGGUUAGUAGCAUCAUCUGAUAAACAUGGUUUGUUGCUUUGGUUGGCCUUAAACUCUAUGUAGUAUUAUGAAACUUCUAAUCAUUUUGCUUGAUGAUAAUGGCAGUUUGGCAGAUGUGAUGGAUUUUAUGCAGAAGGUCCAAACACUUAAAUAUGCAGAAGCAGCAUGCUACAACGGAACCUUGGUCUUAAAACCAUUCAGCUCAGGUUCAGAGAUAGGAUCCUGUUAUUGGACGAUUGAUGGUCCCAAAAGAAAUAUCACGUGGCUUUCCUGCUCAAUAUUUGCUUCUAAACAUGCAAUGAACUUUUUUUUUUUGAUGCAUUGAGGGGAUGCGAUCUGGUGUUAUAUUCAGAUAAGCAGUUCCUGCCUUUAAUGGAUGAAGUUCAAAGCAAUGAUGCUUCUUCAACCAUUCCAUCUAAGGGUUUAUCAGAUCUAAGGUGGGAUCACCUUGCUUGACUGUGAUUGAAUAGAUUAUGAUAUUUUUCAGCUUUGUUGCAAUGUCAAUCAUAUAAUAGUAGAGUCUUUUUUACCAUCUUCGGAGUCUUAAAUCAUCUCCCCUUGAACAUGGUGCUUUUUAGUAGGUGUUGCAGUGCUGAUAAAGAUGAUUGGAAAAAAUUGUCUGAAAGCUUACUGAGUACUGACGAGAUUUUAGAAAAAGAGAAAUUAGAUUUUAUUUGCUCAUGCAUUCUCCAGUCUGUUCAAGCUGGUGGUUCAGUCGUUAUACCUUAUAAUCGACUUGGAAUUCUUCUGCAGCUAUUGGAAAUUAUACCGGUCCUCCUUGAGUCGUUGGCAGCAGAUGUAAGUAGAUGCCUUUUCCUGUGUACAUUCCUUGAACUUUUUGCUAGGAAGAGAUUUUUAGGCCUGAACUUGUUUUGGCUUAUAAAGAAGAUUGGAAUUCUAGAUAGCUGCUUGGUUGUGAAAAUUGGUUUUAUGCCCUUAUGGAUAUUAUGAGUGAGAGGAAAGAGAGCUGGUGGAGGAGAGAAGUUCUUGACCGGAAAAUUUAUUUUGCACACACUUUUGAAUGAGCUCAAUAUGUAUAUUUAUCUAUGAAGCCAACUAUUUUAUACCAUCUUGGAUUCUAGGUUUCUCUUAGUGAUGACAUAAGUUUCUAUUACUAUAGUCAUAUACCUUGAAUAUACUAUCUGCUAAGUUUUAGGUUCCUAACUCUUUGCUUUUGUAACUCAUUUACCAACAAUCUAGGUUCCGAUUUACGUUAUCUCUUCAAUAGCUGCUGAACUAUUAGCAUUCACUACCGUCGUACCAGAAUGGGUGUGUAAGCCACGACAAGAGAAGGUACACCUGUUUUCUAUUUCUUUGUCAGGAUUUUAACUUCACUUUCAGGUCUCAAAGGUUUCCUCUUCCUCUGGAGGUUCCGUGCAGAUGUUUUCUGGUGAGCCGAUGUUCUCCCAUGUCGACCUUAUGACCCAAAGGAAGCUUCAUGUAUUUUCAGCUAUUCACUCUCCUGAACUACUGUAAGACGUUAUUCUGCUAUCUUAUGUUAACCCGUGCAUUGCAUUUACUCGUUUAGCUAUGGUAAUUUCACGCUUCGGUGUUCUACUAGUUUUUGAGUUUUUUUCUACACUCUGGAUAUUUGACGCCCUAAUUUUUUUUGUAGAAUGGAUAUACUGGCCAUUGUUUUAAGUUGCAAAUGCAAUGGUCCUUGUUUGUCUCAGUCCCUAUACAUCUUAAUCUGUGAAUGCAACUCUAAAUCAUUCAAAUUUGCAUCAUGCUCAAAUUAACAUUGUCUUCAGAACCACUUGGCAGGAACCUUGCAUCAUAUUUGCUUCACAUUGGAGUCUAAGACUUGGUCCUGUUGUUCAUUUGCUUCGGCGCUGGGGUGGUGAUGCUAACUCUCUACUUAUCUUAGAGGUGCGUUUGCUUUAUGAUUACUAGUUUGUUGUGUGAAGUUUUACCCCAAAAUGCUGAAGAACCUUAGAAGGGACAAUAUAAAACCGUCUUCAUCCAAUGGGGAAUUGUAGGAAAGGACUAGGUUGUUGAUAUAGUAUUACUUUUCAGGAUGGGGUUGAUGCUGAUAUUGCCCUUCUGCCUUUCAAGCCUCUGGAAAUGAAGGUUCUGCAGUGCUCUUUUCUUCCCGAGAGAAGGUAAGCAACCAGUUAAAGUGCUCACUGUACUUACUAUGUAUCUGCAGUAUAAAACCCGAGUAUUGAACACCUAUGUUCUGAACUACUCACUUCCCGCUCUGAGUCUUCACUCAGUCACACAAAACCAUUAUCGUGUGGGAUUUAUUUCUGAAGUCUAUUAUCUGGAGUGUACUAGACUUCUGGAGCAAGCACUAGAAAUGCUUAAAACAAUGUUAAAAGUUGCUCAAACCAACUUGUUCAGAAAUGGGGUCUCUUCACUGUUAUACACGUUAAAAGGUUCCACCCUCUUGGUCGUCUUCCGAAGCUUUCAAAUGUGCAUGCAUAAAACUCUGACCUUUUUUCUUUCAUUUUGGGUAUGUCAAUGUUGUAGGCUACCUAAAGUUGAGUGUCUGCUGAAGUUACUGCAACCCAAGAUUCUGGUGGUAAGUCAUUCGCUCUUGUCCCCCUCUCUAGUCACUUAGUAUCUCCACUUUCUCAACUUUUGUCUCUGUAGAAAGCAUUGAACCUUUGUUUUUCUUGCAUUAAAACGCAGCUCCCUGAUGAUCUGAAGGAGAAGCUGGAUUUCUCAAAUCCCAGUUCGGACUCAUUUCCAGUCCUCUAGUACACAGAAGGCGAAACAUUAUGUUUACCAAGCUCCCCAGAAGGAAGCCUGGACCUGGAAAUCGCAUCUGUUUUGGCCGAGAGGUUUGCUUGGCAAAACUUGGAAAAGCAUGAUGUAAUGUACACACGAUUGGAAGGAGAGCUAGUUAUGGAGCAAGGCAAAUUUCGGUUACUACCUGGAAUUGCAAGAGCAGAUUCGCACCUAUCAAAAACCAAGGAAAUGAAAACCGAUGCAGGUUAGUCCCAGUGCAGCAAGCCGCUUACCACUACGCUGGACAUCGCCCGAAAGGCUCUCGAACCAUCUUCAUACAAAGGUCAUUCAUGGAUGACGGAUCCACAGAAGGAAUUUGCCAUGGUGCAUACAGCCCUCGACUUAAGCACCAUUUGCCUACUAACCUGGAUAACACAGAAGAUACUGUAAUAAAUGUAAAUGUAAUGGUGGUACCAAGUUCCAGCUGUCACUCUAGACUUCUAUAUUAUACUCAUCUUUGUCAAAAUUCCAGCCUACCAUAUGGGAUGGAGGUUGAGAUUGACUGACAAAUCUGCUUUCCAGAAGCUGUUGUUUUUCUUCAUUUCAUUUGUUGACUACUGAGUAACACAGAGAUAGAGAGAAAUAUAUAUAUAACAUACAG